CCCCAACCCUUCUCUCUCUCUCUCUCUCUAGUUAUGUCUUCAGAACUAAAACCCAGCUAAAAUCCAACCCCAAGAUCCUCCUUUAAUCAUUCCCUUUCACAAUUCCAAGUUAAAACCACAAACACGCAUACCCUCUUCUGCUCCAUACUUAAAUCACUCGCAUUCACACGCACACGCUCACUCUCUGCAGCGGAGACAAUUAGCUUUGUUUAUUGAUAUAUUGAUGUGGGUCUCUUCCGCUUGCAGCUGGGUAAAAUUAAAAUUAAAUGGAUACCUUGUUUAGACUUGUCAAUCUCCAAUCCGAUCAGUCCUUCAACUCAACCAGCAGAACCUCCAGCAGCUCCAGAUCUUCCACACAAAACCCUACUACCACUCACCACCGCCACCACCACCACCCUCAAUAUCAACAAGACGAAGAAUGCUUCAACUUUUUCAUGGAUGAUGAAGACCCCUCUUCCUCUUCCUCUAAACCCUACUACCCCUUUCACCAAUACCCUCCCGCCACCACCGCCACCACCACUGCCACCCACGGCGGCUUCGACUCCUCCGACCUCUCCUUCUCCCCCGCCCGCGAUUUCACCCUCGAAUUCACCUCUUCCGGCAAGUGGGCGACCGACCUCCUCCUCGACACCGCCCGUGCCGUCGCCGACAAGAACACCGCGCGCCUCCAACACCUCACCUGGAUGCUCAACGAGCUCUCCUCCCCCUACGGCGACACCGAGCAGAAGCUUGCCGCCUACUUCCUCCAAGCCUUGUUCGCCCGCGUCACCGACUCCGGACUCCGCUGCUACCGCUCUCUCUCUGCCGCCUCCGACAAGACCACCUCCUUCGACUCCACCAGGAAAACAGUCCUCAAGUUCCAAGAACUGAGCCCUUGGACUACGUUCGGUCACGUUGCAUGCAACGGUGCAAUCAUGGAGGCAUUCGCGGGCGAGACCAAAUUACACAUUGUCGACAUCAGCAACACUUACUGCACCCAGUGGCCCACCUUGCUCGAAGCCCUGGCCACCCGCUCCAACGACACCCCCCACCUCCGCCUCACCGCCGUAGUGGGGGGAGCAUCCGCCGCCGCCGGGCAAAGGGUGAUGAGAGAAAUCGGAAGCAGAAUGGAAAAAUUCGCCCGACUCAUGGGUGUGCCGUUCAAGUUCCGUGCAGUGCACCAUGCAGGCGAUUUAUCAGCCUUGAAUUUUGACGAACUGGGUGUCGACGACGACGAAGCGCUCGCCGUCAACUUUGUUAACACGUUGCACUCAAUUUCUCCGGCGGGAGACAGCCGCGACGCGUUGAUGUCGGCGUUUAGGAGGUUGGGGCCGAGGAUCAUGACCGUGGUGGAAGAAGAAGCGGAUCUCGACGUGGGGGUUGACGGGUUGGAUUUUUUUAGAGGGUUUAAGGAGUGUCUGAGGUGGUUUAGGGUUUACUUCGAGUCGCUGGACGAGAGCUUUCCGCGGACGAGCAACGAGCGGUUGAUGCUGGAGCGUGCGGCGGGGAGGGCUGUCGUCAACCUGGUGGCUUGCCCCGGGUCGGAGGCGGUGGAGCGGAGGGAGACAGGGGAGAGGUGGUCACGGCGGCUGCGCGCGGCGGGGUUUGGGCCGGCAUCGUUUAGCGAUGAGGUGUGCGAUGACGUGAUGGCUCUGUUGAGGAGGUACAGGGAAGGUUGGUCAAUGGCACAGUGCUCCGACGUAGACACCGGAAUACUCCUGUCGUGGAAAGAGCAGCCGGUUGUGUGGGCUAGUGCGUGGAGGCCGUGAGUUACUUGGUAACUAGGCUUCCAUCUCACGUGCGGGAGUGAAUUGAGUGAUUCGCACGUGUAUGGAUUUUUUGUGGCACGUGCGUGGAAUUGAAUUUGGUCAAUUUGUGGGUUUGGAGGAAUUGAAGAGGGAAAUGGAAUAGAGUGGUGGAGAUUGAAGGGAAAUUGUUUUCAUUGUUUUGUUUGGUUAUUGUUUUUGUUUUUUUCACUUUGAUCGGAAAUUUAAAGCAGGGAAAUUGUUGCUGAUGGAUUGAAUAGGGAUGAAAUGAUAACUUAAAAAUCUCUCUAGUAGUUUUGUUAAACUUUUGUGGCUAUCCUUUUUCUUGAUUUGUUCUUGGGGCCAACUGUGAUAUAAUAUUGUUAAUUAAUCUUCAUGUUAUGAAAAAAAAAAGUAGAUUAUGGUUUUGGUCA